UUUAUUUUCCUGCUUUUUGUCCAUUUUUACGACCUUACAAUGGAAGUUCUGGAGACGACGAUGCCACAAGAGACACUGGCGUCGCAAGAAAUGCCAGAAGAUGUGUCGCAAGUUAGCACGGAAACGGUAAAAAUUGAGUCGCUGAUCAGUUUGAAUGAAUGUUGCAUAUCUUGCCUCGCCGAGAGCAAUGCAGAACAGAAACCACUGCGGAAGGACAGGGAGAUUAUACAAAUUUACAAGGAAUUUGUGAACAGACAUAUUGAGUCCAAAGUGAAGGAAAUUCCAAUUGCUUUUUGUGAUCCUUGUUGCAACCUCCUCGAAACCCUGAAGAAUUUCAAGACCACCUGUUUGGAGUCCCUCAACGUGCUCGAAGACCUUAUUUCCGAAAAACGAGCCGAAGAACAAAAAUACGACGAACAACUCCCGCUAAAAGUCGAAGUAGAGUCCGACGAAUCUGACGUCGAGGAUGAUCGAAGUAGCAGCGACGAGGAAUUCAUUCCCGAUAUCAAAGCAGAACUCAAAGAACCGGAAGACGAGGAAUUUCUCGAAAUGAAUGACGAUGACGAAGACGACGAACAACAGCCAAAAGCUAAAAGACGAAAACGGAACAAAAAAGAUCGAACAACGACGUCAUCCGGGAAGAAUUGUCACAUUUGUAAGGAAUGCGGAAAGGGCUUUCCUCGUCCCGCAAACUUGCGAAAUCAUUUCCUGAAGAAACACAGAGGCGCCAAACACUGUAAAUAUUGCCAAAAAGCGUUCGAAGAUGAGGAGGAAUAUAACGCGCAUAUGGAUAUGGAGGAGAAACGGGUGAAGCUGAAGAAGGAAACGUGCCAAAAAAUUCACGUUUGUGAGGUUUGUGGACUAACGACACGAUUUAGGUCGAAUUUAGUGAAGCAUAUGGACACGCACUUGCCAGAUCCGAACGCCAUCAAAUGUGAAGUAUGCGGAAAAGGCUUUAAAAGUUUAAUUUUGCUGAAAAAUCACAUUGGAUACCACAAGGAAAAAACUUUUGUUUGCGUUGAACGUGAUUGUGAUAAAAAGUUUUUGUUUGCUAAAGACUUGGAACGCCAUAUUCGCCUUGUUCAUCUAAAAGCCGCUGAAUACACGGAAUGUUCGAUUUGUAAUAAACGACUGACGAUUAAGGGACUCAAUAGUCACGUUAAACAAGUUCAUAUGGAUAUUCGACCUCAUAUUUGCAGUAUUUGUGGCAUGGCGUUCAAAUCCAGUAGCAACAUUAAGAAACACAUGUAUUCACAUUCGGGAACGAGACCUUUUAAUUGUCACAUUUGCGGACAAGGAACCUACAUGACAUGUACCUUGAAAGAGCAUUACAACAAAGCGCACGGACUACAAAUGACAACUGCUGAACUGAACAAAGUUUGUGUCAAAUUACCGCCGGAACCCAUCAAUGCCCCGCUCUCUCCAAAUACCCAACAAACAGUCGAAAUCAUGCAACAACAUCCGCAGGACCCGAAUACGAUGAUCAGUAUAACGGGCAUCAAUGAAAAUGUUGUAGAAUCAACAAUCAUGUCGACAAUUACGAGUCCCGUGAAUUUAGCGAAAUAA